AUGGGUGAGUACCUUAUUCUAUCAAAGUAUAUAUCUUUGUCUUAUGUGCAAACAGUUUUCCUUGGCGGUGUAGGAUACUUGAAGUGGUACAAAUGGAAUGUUUUGCACAAGGCGCCCUUUCAGCCUGGCUAUGAUCCCGCACUUGAAGUGGCGACUUGUCAUAACAAGAGUAGUGUACUCGAAGAGGGUGGUGAUGGCCCGGACGACGUUGACAUAAAUUCGGACAUCCCGUGGACGCAGCACCUCCGACGGAAAGAACAAGAUCGGAUAGACAAGAUCGUCCAGGGAGCAGAACCCGGACAUUAUUUUGUGCUUCUCGGGCCAAAGGGCUCGGGAAAGGGCACUAUGAUUUUCGAUUCAAUGGCUGCUAUCCAGGCUGAUGGUGUCGCUAUGUGUGAUGCUCACCCUGACCUGGAGGUCUUCCGUCUUCGUUUGGGCAAGGCGUUGAACUAUGAAUACAAUGAAGAUUCACAGACUGGCUUGUUCCAGAGACGCGACCCUCGUGAAGGCGGACCUGCGCUCGAUAUUGAGAGAGCUUUGAAUAAGCUAGAGAAAGUCGCCCUCAAAGUCGCCGGCGAGAAGGGCAGGCCCUUGGUCCUGAUAAUUAACAAUGUGCAUUACCUGAAAAACGACGAUGACGGGCGGAACGUUUUACUUCAGCUGCAACAAAAGGCUGAGUCCUGGGCUGCCAGCGGAAUCUUGACUCUUGUGUUUAGCACGGAUGAUUUCUGGCCUUUUUAUGUCAUGCGAAAAAGCGCCAGUAGGAUGCAUGUUCUGUCAAUCUACGACCUCAACAUGAAGGAGGCGCUGCAUGCUUGUACCCGUAUGAGAAUAGACCUAGGUCUGAAGGUGAAAAGCCAAGUCGUUCAGGACGCUGUAUCAAUCGUUGGAGGCCGCCUUUCCUACCUAAACAAGAUUUCGAAAUCUAGAGAUAUGCUCGACAUGGCAAGCCAACUUCUCUCAAUUGAGAAGGCCUGGUUGUUGAGUCAGAUAGGUCUGAUAACUGAUUGUGAUGACGAUGUUAUGGACGAGCAAAAAUGGAGUUCAUGCUCUUGGUUACUGCUACAAGAAUUCGUCAAGCUCAGGCAAGAACAAGAACGGGAGCUAGAGGAAGCUCGUAGAGCUGGCACCUCUGAGAUACAAUCAGAGGCAGAGUUACCUCUACCUGUGAUUCCUUAUUGGAAAUGCCGACAGAUCAUGACAAGAGCAGACUUUUUGGAAGACCUAGACCGAAAGAACAUCAUUGCUAUUGAUGUCAACCACGACGUACGACCUGACUCGAUGCUCAUCCUUCACGCGGCAAGGCAAAUGGUGGAGCAAGAAGAGUUUGAAGACACGCUCAACAACGUUCGCGACCGGAUCGAUGAAAUUGAAAGCCUUCACCGGACAAGAGAACUGACUGUGAGUAUAGUGCUUUUAACCUCUUCUUUUCUGCUCGCUGACAAGCUCGCCAGUUCAAGGACCUUGACAAGGGUGACAAAAUUAACCUUACGGUGGAUAAAACAGGCGAAAUAG